UUUUCAUAAACUUGCUUCAUUAAACAUCUAUGGCACAUUAUGAAGCAAAGCUGGCGUUUAUUCAACAGAUUAAAAAAAACAGUGAAACGAAAUCGUUGAGUUGAGUAUAUUUGCUACUUCAAUGCUGAAGGGUGUUUUAUGAAUAACUUUCUGUAGAUAGAUGUGUUCAAAAUAAAGAUGGUGCGGUUACACAGGCCGAUGAUAAUAAGAGUUGUUUUAGGUUUUUCGAUUUGUUUCGUGUUUUUACAGAUUUUAUUGUUGAUUUGUAAUUGCCGCUGUUCAUCGUCGAAUGAAGAUAGUUUUUCGAAAAUGGAGAAAAGAGCAGAAAGCUCAGAUAUACUUCAAAUUAUUAAAACUUACAAGGAAAAAAUAGAAACAUUAACACAGAGAUGUAAAGAGUUAGAAAAAGAACUUCAAAAACAUCAAAAAGUAGACAAAUUUUUAAUAGCUGAAGACUUGUAUCAAAAUAAGAAAUCGCUAAACGAUGUUACGUUUCUGAAUAGUUUUUAUCCUAGGACAGAAUUUGAAGUGAUACCUUACGAUUCUUUUACGUCACAACACAUAUCGGGUGAAAUCGGUUACUUAUCGAAACGACCGCACGCCACACCAAUUGGACAAAGAUUUUACGAAAUGCAUGAAGUCUCCGAUUUUGCCGUUAAAGCGUUAAAUCACGAUGUUGAAUCGAUGGCUGAUCGUAUGGGAAUCGAUACUUUCGUUGAAGGUAUUACUCGUAACGAUAGAACACAUGGGACCAUCUAUGAUUUGUAUUUUCGAAGCACAAGAGCGCCUAACGUAUUUAAAAGGUUAAAAAUUGUUCGCCCUUUCGGUACUUUAGAAGUUGUAGGAAAACCGGAAACGAUCGAAACCUCAAACGAAUGGAUAAAUAUAAUUUUGCCGUUAUCGGGUCGAUUUAAAGUGUUUAAAUCGUUCAUGGAACGUUUUGUUGAUACUUGUAUUCGUACAGAUAGAAGGAUAUUCUUAACGAUUGUUUAUUUUGGGCAUGAGAACAAAGUGGAGCUGAAAGAUUUACUAUUGAAGAUUUCGAAACAAGAAGGUUAUGAUAAUUAUAAAGUUAUUUUUAGUGACGAAGAUUUUAGUCGUGGUCGUGGAAUUCAAAAAGGAGUUGAAAGUUGGAGCAAGGGAAAUGUAUUAAUGUUUUUUUGUGAUGUCGAUGUUUACUUCACCGUUGACUUUUUAGAACGUUGUCGAUUGCAUACGUCACCAAGUCGAAAAAUUUAUUAUCCGAUUGUGUUUAGCCAGUACAAUCCAGUAAUAGUGUUCGGUGGACAAGAACCACCACCUUUAAGAGACCAAAUGUAUUUAACAUACGAUUCAGGUUUUUGGAGAGAUUUCGGGUUUGGCAUGACAUGUCAAUAUAGAGAUGAUUUUCUCAAUGUGGGUGGAUUUGAUCUCUCCAUCAAAGGGUGGGGAGGUGAAGAUGUAGCUUUAUAUAAACAACAUCUACGAAGUAAAUUAACCAUCAUUCGUGCAUACGACCGUGGUAUAUUACACAUAUAUCAUGAAAAAAAUUGUAGAAAGACCUUAUCAGAUGCUCAGUUUAUUUCUUGUUUACAAAGCAAAGCUGUUUCUGAAGGUUCUCAUAAACAGUUAGGAAUGUUAGCAUUUGGUAGUAGUUUAAUUAGUGGUACUGAUCCAGAUUGGGCAAAAAGACUUCAAGCAUCCUUGACUGAGAUAACCAAAAAAGAAAACGAAGGAUGACAGUUUAUAUUUUAUAUUUUAGAUGUGUUAUAUUUAAUUAAUAAUUUUUUUUAAUAAAACUUAAAUACAAUGGUCUUUCUUA